AUGAAAGGAGGAAGGAAGGGGGAACGAAACUGGUCGGGAGGGUGUGGAGGGAAGAUCCGGACGGGAAGGGAGAAGAAGGAGGGAGGAAGAUGGAGCGGACGACGAGGAAGGAAGGAGACGGGGGGUGGUGAGAGAACGAAAUGUGAUGGAAGAGGAGAUGAAGUGAGAAAGCGGGAAAACCCCGCCUACGACGACGAUCGGGGAGCGGACGAAGAUGAAGAGGACGACGUGAUGAAGAAGAGUAGAAGGAGACACCCAGGGUAG